AUGGAUCAGCCAGACCUAGCUCGCGAAUCUGUAGAGUUCGAGAAGCAGUAUUUGCUCGACGAAGAGGGGAUUGACAGGAAGAGGCAGCCCCAGAAUUCGUCCAGGUACCACUUGUACGCUCUAUACACCACCAAUGGACUGCUUCUGUUUAUUGUUUUGAUGCUCCUGGCACAGAUGAGACAUCAAUGUGCUGCAGACCCAUCUCUAGGAGUCUACUGCAAGUCUACAACCUGCAAAUUCCUCUGCUACCAGCUCCUUCAAGGCUAA